GUCAGUCCAUAGUGGGAUGUAAAGCCAUUCUUGUUGGUGACCAAGUCUUUGUGGUGGUGGCACAGCUCUUUGGUGGCUCACACAUUUACAAGUAUGACGAAAGCUGGACAAAGUUUGUCAAAUUCCAGGAUAUCGAAGUAUCUCGUAUUUCCAAGCCAAAUGAUAUAGAGCUUUUUGAGAUAGACAGUGAAAUGUUUUUUGUCAUAGCAGAUAGCUCUAAAGCAGGUUUGUCCACAGUGUAUAAGUGGAAUAACAAAGGAUUUUACUCAUACCAGUCCCUUCACGAAUGGUUCAGGGACACGGAUGCCGAGUUUCUCAAUAUCGAUGGCAAGUCACAUUUAAUCCUGUCUAGCCGCUCCCAGGUCCCCAUUAUACUCCAGUGGAACAGAGUUUCUAAAAAGUUUGUCCCACACAGUGAAAUCCCCAACAUGGAAGAUGUCUUGGCUGUGAAGAGUUUCAGGAUGCAGGAUAACUUGUACCUCACGCUCACACGGUUCAUCGGUGACUCCAGAGUGAUGAAGUGGAACAGCAAGCAGUUUGUGGAGAUCCAGGCCCUUCCCUCCCGAGGAGCCAUGACGCUGCAGCCCUUCUCCUUCAAGAACAACCACUACCUAGCCUUAGGAAGUGACUAUACCUUCUCCCAGAUUUACCAGUGGGAUGGAGAAAAGAAGAUCUUCAGAUUAUUUAAAGAAAUCUAUGUGCAAGCACCGCGGUCCUUCACAGCUGUGUCAACAGAUCGAAGAGAUUUUUUCUUUGCCUCUAGUUUUAAAGGAAACACUCAAAUAUUUGAACAUAUCAUCAUUGACUUGAGUUUAUGAAAAGCUGCUGGAGUGAAAUUAAUGUAGAAUGACAUUUAUACAUAAACAAAACAAAGAGACCUUUCCAAAUACAGGGUGCACCUAUGGAGUAUGAUGACAUUUUCUGAACUUUUCAAACUUGCAUAUUAAUCAGGGAUUGCAUUUACUUGGUUACUGCAUGACAUGUCCGUUUUGUCCUUUUUCAAAGACACUUUGCAGCCUGCAGUCAUCUGGAGGACAGUGCAGUGCGUUAGGAUUAGUGUUGACUUUAAGAGAAUAAUCUAAAUUUUACCCAGAAAACUACCUUGAAUUGAACAUCUCGUGAAGAGUGAGCCAUAUGAACUUAA